UCUCAAGUCUUGCGAUGGUGGCAACAAUGGUCCGCUGCUCCACCAGUAAUUAUACAAGUUACAUGAGAUGACAGAAUAAAACGUUUGCAGCUAGGUUUCAAGUAAAGAACUUUCAAGGCGAGGGGUGAAAUUGAGCGAUGGCGCCUGAACCUGAAGAUGAGAUCAAGGACGAGAAGAAUCCCCGACCUCUCGAUGAAGACGAUAUCGCUCUCCUCAAAACAUAUGGUUUGGGACCUUAUUCUACCAGCAUAAAGAAAGCCGAGAAGGAGAUUAAGGAAAUGGCUAAAAAGAUCAAUGAUUUAUGUGGUAUCAAGGAGUCCGACACUGGAUUAGCUGCACCCAGCCAAUGGGAUCUUGUUUCUGAUAAGCAAAUGAUGCAGGAGGAGCAACCUCUUCAGGUGGCAAGAUGCACGAAGAUAAUCAACCCAAACACCGAAGAUGCAAAAUAUGUGAUAAAUGUUAAGCAAAUUGCGAAGUUCGUUGUUGGGCUGGGUGAUAAAGUUUCCCCAACAGAUAUUGAAGAAGGGAUGCGUGUCGGUGUUGACCGGAACAAGUAUCAAAUUCAGAUCCCCUUACCUCCCAAAAUUGAUCCGAGUGUAACCAUGAUGACAGUAGAGGAAAAGCCAGAUGUGACGUAUAAUGAUGUUGGUGGGUGCAAGGAACAGAUUGAAAAGAUGCGAGAGGUUGUUGAACUACCCAUGCUUCACCCUGAGAAAUUCGUGAAGCUUGGAAUUGAUCCUCCUAAGGGUGUCCUUUGCUAUGGUCCUCCUGGAACUGGCAAAACGCUUUUAGCCAGAGCCGUGGCUAAUAGAACUGAUGCUUGCUUCAUUCGAGUUAUUGGAAGUGAGCUUGUUCAGAAAUACGUUGGUGAGGGAGCUCGGAUGGUUCGUGAACUGUUUCAGAUGGCACGCUCAAAAAAGGCUUGUAUUGUGUUCUUUGAUGAAGUUGAUGCCAUUGGGGGUGCACGGUUUGAUGAUGGUGUUGGUGGAGACAAUGAGGUUCAGCGCACAAUGCUCGAAAUAGUGAAUCAGCUUGAUGGAUUUGAUGCUCGCGGAAAUAUCAAAGUUCUGAUGGCAACGAAUAGACCUGACACACUGGAUCCAGCACUGUUACGUCCUGGAAGAUUAGAUCGCAAAGUUGAGUUUGGCCUACCAGAUCUGGAGAGUAGGACACAGAUAUUUAAGAUCCAUACACGAACGAUGAACUGUGAAAGGGACAUUCGGUUUGAACUUUUGGCGCGCCUCUGUCCAAAUUCUACCGGAGCUGACAUUAGAAGUGUGUGCACGGAGGCUGGAAUGUUUGCGAUUCGAGCUCGAAGGAAGACAGUAACAGAGAAAGACUUCCUUGAUGCAGUGAGCAAAGUCAUCAAGGGUUACCAGAAGUUCAGUGCAACUCCCAAGUACAUGGUCUACAAUUGAUUGAGCUGCCAUGCUUAGCCUAUGAAGAGAAUUGUGGUGGCUGAUACAACUUGGGGCUAAUUUGUGGAUGUUGUCUCCACUGAAUAUGGGUUUGGAAUUGUUCUUUCUCUACUAUGAAAAUGAAGGAAAUGUAAUCAGUUUGUGAUAGCUGGGGCUAUUUGGUACCCUUUCAUUCAAAUCUCCAAUACCAGCCAUUUUUAGUGCAAACUUCUGUUGUGUUUGUGAUGGGCUUAUAGUUUAUUCCGGUUACUGAGUGGAUUAGUUAUAUACUUUGGACGAAUUCUAUUUCAUGUUAUAUCAAAAUCUUUGGUAC